UAAAUGAGAAUAUGGCCAAUGGCAUUGAAGAUCUUAUUGGGAUCCCCUUCCCAAACCACAGCAGUGAAGUCCUGUGUGGUUUAAACGAGCAAAGGCACGAUGGUCUCCUCUGUGAUGUCAUCCUCAUUGUACAGAACCAGGAGUACCGGACCCAUCGGUCCGUCCUUGCUGCCUGCAGCAAGUACUUCAAAAAACUAUUCACUGCUGGCACUUUAACAGACCAACCCUAUGUUUACGAGAUUGACUUUGUCAAACCUGAAGCACUUUCUGCCAUCCUGGAGUUUGCCUACACCUCAACCCUCACCAUCACCACCUCCAAUGUCAAGCAUAUCCUCAGCGCUGCCAAGAUGCUGGAGAUCCAGUGCAUCAUCAACGUAUGCCUUGAAAUCAUAGAGCCUGACAGAGAGGUGGAAGAGGAAGAUGACAAAGAGGACAAAGACAACGACGAAGAUGAAGAUGAAGAUGAAGAGGAGGAGGAAGAGGAGGAAUUGGAAGAUUUUGUCAAUCAGGACAACCUCACUGACAUCCAAGAAGUCAGCUGUCACCAAAGCCCUUCAAAGUCUGAUCUCGCCGAAGAAGCAUAUACAGAAGCACCUAAAGACUUUCCAAAUCACUACCCAGCCAAUAACUCUUCGGGACACUUGGGUGUGAUACGAGACUUCUCCAUCGAGUCCUUGCUAAGGGAAAACUUGUACCCAAAGGCAAACAUCCCAGAAAGGAGACCACCUCUCUCUCCUUUCACCCCUAGCUUCUUCCCCCAUCUAUGGAACGGCAAUUUUAGCUCCUUCUCUCAGCUUGAGAAGCCACCAGUAGACAACGGACCUUUGGAUCUGGUCAUCAAAAAGAGGAAAAUCAAGGAAGAGGAGGAGAAGGAAGACCUGCCUCCACCUCCUUUCCCUAAUGACUUCUUCAAGGACAUGUUUACCACCACCCCAGCAGCUCCCUUAGGCCAUAUUAAGGCGGAGACUGACUAUAGCGCUUAUCUCAAUUUCCUAAGCACGACCCAGUUUGGAGGAGUUUUUCCCCCUUGGCCCCUGGAAGAAGAGAGGAAGAUCAAGCCCAAGGCAUCCCAACAAUGUCCCGUCUGUAACAAAGUCAUCAUGGGAGCUGGCAAGUUGCCCAGGCACAUGAGGACCCACACAGGAGAGAAACCCUACAUGUGCAAUAUCUGUGAAGUCCGAUUUACCAGGCAGGACAAGCUCAAGAUCCACAUGCGGAAACACACGGGGGAGCGGCCCUACCUCUGCAUCCACUGCAACGCCAAAUUUGUCCACAACUAUGACCUGAAAAACCACAUGAGGAUCCACACAGGGGUCCGGCCCUACCAGUGUGAGUUCUGCUACAAGAGCUUCACCCGAUCCGACCACCUCCACCGCCACAUCAAACGCCAGAGCUGCCGGAUCACCCAGCCCCGACAAGGACGGAAGCCGGCAGCAUGGCGGGCGGGCGGCUUGCUCUUCGCUCCCGACGCACCUCCCAUGGAGAUGAUGCCCCCAACCUUGGAGGGGAUGAGUGGCCACCUCAGCACCACGUCCAUGUGCCUUCCCGGCCCCAGCCCAAAGCACUUUUUGAGCAGGGCCAAGACCCCCUUUAGCCUCCAAGAGCUGGAGAGCCAGUUGGAAGAAACCCAGUUGAAGCUCUUCAGGCGAGCUCAGCUGGAGAUGGAGAGGAACGCGGGCAUCUUCGCCUUCACCUUGGGCCACAAUGAAAACCUUGCUUCCCAACCUUUCUUCCCUCUUCCUGAUCCUUGGAGCACGGGGUUCAGUGGCUUGGCAGGGCUCGGCCACAUGGCUCCCAUUUCGGAGGCGAGCAACUAAACCUCAUCCUGCUCCCAACAUGGGUCCACUC